CAGCUUUCUGAAAUAUUGACAGAACUGUUAAGUUAAAUCCAUGUGAACCGUUGAUUUAUGUUGAAAAAUUCAAGUUCAUUUUGUCUAAAUGUAGUUUUUAAAUAAUUUCCAUAAAUUAUGACAGCGUAUGUUUUGUAUAGUCAUUUUGAUAAACUCUAAGUAUUCCAUGGAGCUAGGUUCUCUGCAGUACCCUGAGCCACAUACCGGAGAACAGUCCUACCGGAGACAAUUUUAAUAAAACUCAAAAAUUUAAAGAAAACAACAUGAUCACAAUAAACAAUACUGAAAACAACUUUAAUAGUCAAGAAACGACAAAUUUUACUUCGGAACAAGUCAAUAUCAGUCCCCAGGCUAAAGUCCAAGAAAAUACUAAAAAAUUUGAAAAUGAAACUUUUAAAAAUACCUCAUCCAGCCUUCUUAAAACCCCUACCGGUACAAAUACAAGUGAAGUAUUCUUUGAUAAAGAACAAUUAACGGAAGAACUUGAACCCUGGAGAAAUAUCAGUUUAACGCAGGAAGAAGUUAAAAAUAAAACUGGUUUUGUUAUCACAAAUAAUACAGAGGACAACAUAAACAACAAUGAAAGACAAGGAAGAAAUGCAAAACCAACAUUUGAAAUGAAAAAAGAAGGUUCUGAGGAAAGCCCAGGUUCAGGAAUAGAUGAGAUAAAAGGAAUUCUAGUUGAACCCCCUUCCCGUGGUUCACUUUGGAGGAAAGGUUUUUUUGCUCCGAAGAAUAUUUUUGAUGAUGAGACGAACUGCGGAGGAUUUAUUGAAAAGAGAAAGUCUGGUUUAUGUGGAGUAUGUGGAGACAGGUUUACGGAGAAGGUUCCUAGAGAUCAUGAAUCCGGAGGGAGGUUCGGACAACGGAUUAUAUCUCGGAACUAUCUCCAGGGGUCUUUAAUUUCUGUUAGAUUUGAGCCAACAGUUCCCCUAAAUACAUCCAGAUUAUUCUUCCAAAUUUCCAUCUGUAAACCGCACGAGGAUGGAUUAGAAGAGGAGACCUGUUUCCAACCCUUUGAAGGUGAGAUGAAUAAGCUCCGUAUCUAUGGAUCACAGCCCUACUCUACGCAGCACAUUGAUAUUGAGAUUAAACUGCCUCAACCCUUAGUCUGCUCCAGAUGUGUUCUUCGUCUCCAGAUACUUCGAGAUGCUGAAACCUGCUCCUGUGCUCUAAACCCUAGGGAGAUAAGCUGUCCCUGUGUUGGUGAGCUGGCAGAGUUAAGAUCCUGCUCCGAUAUUAGAAUAGUACAGAGGAGGUACACAUCGGUAGACACGCUUGACAGAGAAGAGAAGUUUUUCUAUGAUGAUUUUGAAUCACUGGUCGGAGAAGAGUUUAAGAGAACAAAGAUUGGAAAUCCCUACUCUGAGCCUCUGGAGGAGCUGAAGAAAGAAGAGAUCGGAGAUUCCUACUCCGAACCUAGAAAUUUCUUGGAGGACGGAGAUAAGUUCUCUCCGAGCAGGGAGGGAAAGAUCACGAGACCUGAUGAGACCCAGAGUGCUGUAUCUUUGUCUAGACAGCUAGAUCUGGAACUGGAGAAGGAUCCCCUUAUAUCUUUAGCUCAACUCCUCACUGAUCAAACUACCUCAAAACCUCUCAGGUUUCCAGGAGAUACAACCCUCCCAGUUCCCAGCACUACCCAGAGAAAUAAAUCAACAACCAGAAAACCAGUUUAUAAAUCUAAAAGUUGUAGUUCCAAAUCCACAGUCGGCGGUUUACUCUUUUUAAUCAUAAAUAUUAUUAUUUUUAUUGUUAAAUAAACUAAUGAAAACAGA